GUAGGUAGUACUCGGUCCCUACUGUGUACCUGCCCAUCACUAACUCGACAAGGCCGUAUAUUGCCUGUCGUGUCACAUCACCGGUGUCACAUUCAGGCCUAGCCUGCAAGGGGAAUCACCCAAUCGAGACAUCCACUCCCCCGGCAGGCACAACAGGGGUCUUAUGUAUUCCUGCAGGUGUAUGCCAUCCUGCUCUUCCCAGCUCUCUCAUCCUCUCCAUAUCGUGCCGUUGUAAGGCAACACUGCUCACGUCGACUCUCACAAUGGAUGCGCCCAUGGACGGCGGGCCGAUGAGCCCUCGCGGCACCAUGCAGAACACAGUCGCACGGGGACUCCUGCCGGACGAUAAACACGAGGGGGGAGGACACGGUCUUCACGAGGAGGAGGGAUUCGGCCUCGGCGACACUUUGGGAUACAAGCCGGAGCUGCGUCGCAACCGCUCAGUGACCACUCUGCUUUUUCAGACGCUGGCCAUUGCGGCGAUCCCCUUCGGAGAGGGAGGCCCUCUGCUCAGUGCCAUCUAUGGCGGCGGCCCACUGUCCAUUUUCGUUGGUUGGGUCGUCGUGUGCAUUUUGUGUGAGUGUAUUGCGCUCUCGCUGGCAGAGCUCGUGUCGCGAUAUCCCACCUCGGCCGGUCCCUACUACUGGUCUUACCAGAUCGCAAGCAGCUCCAAGCCGGCCGUGUCCUUCGUCACCGGUUGGGUCUGGUUGAUCGGCAACUGGACCAUCACCCUGUCGGUCAACUUCGGCUUCGCGUCGAUGGUCUCGGCCUCGAUCUCGAUGUUUCACCCGGGAUGGACAAUCUCCAGCUGGCAGCUUCUGCUCAUCUUCUACGCCAUCUGUCUGGGAACGCUCCUCAUCUGCACAUUCGGUAACCGAUACCUACCGCAGGUAGACAUGGUCUGCGCCACCUGGACGGCCCUGACCAUCCUCGUUAUCUUGAUUGCGCUCUCCGUCAAGGCCGGUGCAGGCAGGCACAGCGCUGCCUACGCCUUGGGGCACUUCGAUUCCAGCUUCUCGGGCUGGUCCGGCUUCACCUUCUUCAUCGGACUUCUCCCCGCCGCGUACACCUUCUCUGCCAUCGGCAUGAUCUCCUCCAUGGCCGAAGAAUGCACCAGGCCGGCCGUAAAGGUGCCCCGGGCGAUCAGCCUCUGCGUGCCUGUAGGCGGCACCGCCGGGCUGUUCUUCAUCCUCCCCAUCUGCUUCACCCUGCCUCCGAUGGAAGAUAUUCUCAGUGCGCCCGCCGGUCAGGCUCUCCCAUACAUCUUUCAUGUCGUAAUGGACAGUCCCGGUGGCGGUCUUGCCCUCACCAUCCUCGUCCUGAUGGUCACUCUCUUCGCCAGCAUCAGCAUCACUGUCGCCGCCUCCCGAGCGACCUGGGCUUUCGCUCGCGACGACGCCAUCCCUCUCUCGCGGCUUUGGUCGCGCGUGAACCCGCAUCUUGGCGUUCCUGUCUGGUCGCUCGUCUUUGGGACCGUCGUGCAAAUGCUUCUAGGGCUCAUCAACCUCGGCAGCACCAGUGCCUUCACGGCCUUUGUCUCCGUCGGCGUCAUUGCUCUGGCUGCCGCAUACGCUAUCCCCAUCGCACUGAGCCUCCUGAAUGGUCGGCGUGAAGUUUCCCGUGCGCAAUGGACCUGCGGGCCGAUCCUCGGUUCGAUCGUCAACGUCAUCUCUCUAUCUUGGAUCUCCUUCGAGCUCGUCCUCUUCAGCAUGCCCACCUCGCUGCCGGUCAGUCGAGCCUCUAUGAAUUAUGCCUCCGUGGUCUUUGUAGGACUCAUGGCUUUCUCGGCAUUUUGGUAUGCCGUGUAUGCGCGGAAAGCUUUCAAGGGCCCACCACAAAUCGAAUUUGGCUAGAUUCCUCGUUCUAGGUCGUAAUGAGACCAUGAGCGAUACAAGGUAAAUGCACCUACCCUGGAUGGUUUCGGCCUUAUGCAUCAGGUUUAUACAUAGACAUAAACGCCACCGAGAAGCUAUUCCAAUGAAUCUUCCAACUCAUCUCGUAUUCAUCCCUCCGGAAUACUACGUAUCCUCCUGUCACAUAAUAUGCAGGAAAGCGACAUUUCGGAUAACAUAAUGACGACGUAACUUGUAC